AUGAAUUCAAUAUCAGAGUCUUUCAAAAGCCACCCUCUCCACCUCAACCAUAUCAUCCCACUAGACUUCAAUAGUCUUCCCAAAGUACCCGAUUCCCACACUUGGACCCUACCCAAAUCCAAUCACAACCCAUUACCCACCGAAUCAAUACCCAUCAUAGACCUCCUCGGAGACUCCAAAAACACAAACGAACUCAUACAACAAGCUUGUGAGAAAUGGGGUGUGUUUCAAAUCAUCAACCACGGCGUCCCAAUCACUCUCCUCUACCAAAUUGAGCACCAAACCCGGCGGCUAUUCGCCUUGCCGGCGAAGCAAAAACUCCGAGCCAUGCGAUCGCCGGACGGCCUCACCGGAUACGGGGUGGCCCGGAUUGCCCCUUUCUUCCCCAAGCUCAUGUGGUCCGAGGGGUUCUCGGCGGUGGGCUCGCCGGAGGAGCAUGCUCGCCAACUUUGGCCCCAUGACUAUACUACAUUCUGUUAUGUAAUGGAAGACUACCAAAAGAAGAUGCAAGCAUUGUCCGAGAUAAUAAUGGGCUUGAUGGUGACGUCUUUGGGCUUAAUGCGUGAAGAUGUGAAAUGGUUGAAGCCCAACAAUGGAUCCAAACCUCCACAGGCCCUACUCCAAUUGAACUCAUACCCGGUCUGCCCGGACCCAAGUCGGGCCAUGGGCUUAGCCCCUCACACAGACUCAUCACUCCUCACCUUGCUAUACCAAAGCAACACAAGUGGCCUCCAAGUCCUCCAUGGAAACAGUGGUUGGGUUACCGUGCCGCCCCUCGCCGGUGCACUGGUCGUCAAUGUCGGCGACCUAAUGCACAUCCUCUCCAAUGGUCGGUUCAAGACCACAUUGCACCGAGCAGUUGUCGACAAGGCUGAACAUCGCAUCUCGGUUGCUUUCUUCUUUGGCCCAUCAAGGGAUGCCAAAAUCUCACCGUUGAUUAAGUUGACUGACCAUGAUCAUCCCCCUCUUUAUCGCCCGGUGACAUGGAAGGAGUACCUAGGUGUAAAGGCAACUUACUUCAACAAGGCACUUGAUUUGAUUCGUACCAUGUAG